AUGAGCUCGCAGCUCGCCUCUCGCCCUGUCCCCGCCCUCGCACGAUCCCUCGCCCUCGCACGGCGUCCCCCCCGCCAUGUCGUCUUCGCCCGCUUCCAGUCCAACAUCAGCCCCGGCGUCGUCGCUAAGGCCAGCGCAGUAAAGACCCUCCCCGACUUUUCCAUGUCCAACAAGGUCUGCAUGGUCACCGGCGCUGCGCGCGGACUCGGCUUUGAAUUUUGCCGCGCGUUUGUGCAGUCUGGCUGCACGCAACUCGCGAUCCUCGACCUCAAGGAAGAAGAGGCGGCAGACGCUGCCAGGGACCUCGUCAAGUCUGCAUGCGUUGACAGUGACAUGACCGAGAGCGACUACAGCGUUGUUGGCAUCGGGUGCGAUGUUUCGUCUGAGUUGUCCGUCCAGCAGGCGUUCCGGCGGGUCAUGGACGAGUACGGCCGCGUAGACUCGGUUGUUGCUUCUGCGGGUAUCGUCGAGAACUACUCUGCCUUUGAUUAUCCGUUUGACCGGAUAAAGCGACUGUACGACAUCAACGUGCACGGUGCAUUUUUCACGGCGCGAGAAGCGGCGCGGCACAUGAUACCCCAGGGCGGAGGAAGCAUCGUGUUGGUCGGCAGCAUGAGCGCAAACAUUGUGAACAUCCCGCAACCACAAACGCCGUACAACGCGGCCAAGGCGGGUGCGUACCGGCGGUUGUUGUCUCGCGCGGAGCAGGUCUAA